AUGCGCCCACCGUUGGCUGUAUUUGGAGCGCUGCGGCGCACACUUCCAGCUUUCAAUGCCGCCGAAACAUUCGUGUGUCGCAAGAGCGUGCACAACAAUGCACAGGCUGGAUACAAGUCUGUUCGCCAGACUCCAUUUUUGAAUGCCUUCCGUUCUCGUGUUGCUCCGGCGAGACAGCAAUCAACAACCGCCCCUCCCUCAUCUCCGCUAUCCGAGCUCAGCAAGACAAUUGGUCAAGCCUCUGGUCCCGCCAGAAACACAAUCGGUCAAACUUCCGUCCCGGCAAGAAAGAGCUCGUUCCCUGAGACUUCAGACAAGAAGGUUGGCUACUGGUUGCUUGCCAGCUCUGCGAGUGUCUUUGGUAUCGUCAUCUUCGGCGGUCUCACCAGACUGACCGAGUCUGNNGGUAUGUGUCCAAUCUUGGUCCUUCUUCACGACUGUUCAACUGACCGAAUGUGGCGUAGACUGAGUAUUACCGAAUGGCGUCCCGUCACUGGCUCCCUCCCUCCUAUGAACGCAGAGAAGUGGGAAUCCGAAUUCGCCCUCUAUCGCGCCUCGCCCGAGUUCAAACUCCUCAACCCUCGUAUGACAUUGGAGGAGUUUAAACAAAUCUACUGGAUGGAAUGGAUUCACAGACUGUGGGGUCGUUUCAUUGGCAUCACCUUCCUGCUACCUACCGCCUACUUUAUCGCCCGUCGUCGUGUUUCUGCUGGGAUGGCUCUCAAGCUCACCGGUAUUUGCGGUUUGAUCGGGUUCCAGGGUGUCAUUGGCUGGUGGAUGGUCGCAAGUGGUCUCAAGGACGAUCUGUUUGCUCCUGGAAGCCACCCUCGUGUCAGUCAAUAUCGUCUUACUGCUCACUUGGGUACUGCCUUCAUCUGCUACCUUGCCAUGUUCUGGAACGCCUUGUCCAUCUUCCGAGAGAACCGUCUUCUGGCCAACCCGCAAGAAUCUUCCAAGCUGCUCAAGCAGAUGAUGGUUCCCGAGCUCAAGUUCUUCCGCCGCAGUGUUGGUGCUCUUCUUGCUCUGGUCUUUGUAACCGCCAUGUCUGGAGGUCUCGUCGCGGGUCUGGACGCUGGUCUCAUCUACAACGAGUUCCCUUACAUGGGUCUUGGUUUGACACCACCUAAGAAAGAGCUGUUCGACACCUUCUACAGUCACGUUCCUGAUCAUUCUGAUCUCUGGUGGCGCAACGUUCUUGAGAACCCUUCUCUCGUCCAGCUUGACCACCGUAUCCUGGCAACUACCACAUUCACUGCUAUCAUGGCACUUUGGGCCUACACCCGCUUCAACCCUCGCGUUCGUGCUUCCAUGACUCCCGGCGCAAAGAAGGGCAUGCGUGGCGUCGUUCAUCUCGUCUGGCUGCAGGUCGCCCUCGGCAUCUCCACCCUGCUGUACAUGGUCCCUACUCCUCUGGCUUCUGCCCACCAGGCAGGUGCUUUGGCUCUGUUGACAGGAACCAUUGCUCUCGGUAGCCGUGUCUGGUUCCCUAAGCGUGCGGCCAAGCUUGUCGCGCAGAGACUUGCUGCAGGUGCUCCUCGCCCUUCUGCCAUUGGUAAGAGAGGACCCGACGCUAUGCUUGCUGCCCGUACAGGUCUGCCAAGCCGCUCUUAG